AUGCUCCGCGUGCUCGGCCAGCGUCUCCUCCCGGCGCGCGCGGCGUGCGGUCGCGCCCCGCGCCUCUUCCACGCGUCGGCCACCGCGCUGCACGGCGACAUGUCCAAGUUCGCAGCCAAUCCGACGGUGCACCUCAAGUUCAGGCUGCGCGACGACUCCAUCAAGGAGGUGGAGGCCAAGACGGGCAUGUCCAUCCUGGACGUGGCCCACGCCAACGACAUCGACCUCGAAGGGGCGUGCGAGUCGUCCAUGGCCUGCUCCACGUGCCACGUGAUCCUGGAGGACCCCGUGUUCGACGAGCUGGAGGAGGCCUGCGAGGACGAGGAGGACAUGCUGGACAUGGCCUUCGGGCUCACGCACACGUCCAGAUUAGGCUGCCAGGUGUUCGUGGACGAGGGCUUCGAGGGCACGACCGUGACGCUGCCCAAGGCCACGCGCAACUUCUACGUCGACGGCCACGUACCCAAGCCGCACUAA